AUGAACUUAUACUACAUUCCCAACCAGGGCGCACAGCUCUCGGCGUCGCUCGACUUUGUAAAGGCCAUCGUGGCCGGCAUCGAGUCCAGCUAUCCUCGCGCUAACAAGGCGGGCGCCUGGACACUCUCCCACCGCGUGCUCCGCGACGUUCCUCCGUACAGCGAAACCGCUCAAACAGACUACGCGCAUUCGUACCAGCACUUGCUACACGUAUCCACUAUCAGCCCAGACCGCACAUAUAGUCUUAUUCAGCGCCCACCUCAAGCCGGCUCGAACGGGACUUCCGCCGCGGCGCCGCAAGUCGCUAUAGCAUCGAUCCCUCUGAGCCAGAGUGACGCGCAUUUUGCUUUUCUGGCCAACCAAAUGCCGCUUCUCUGGAGCCCGCAGCGCAUGCUCGACGUCGCAAACGGCAAGACCUACCAGGCUGGCGACUUCCUCAUCUACGUUGGUGAGCUUCGGUCCAGGCGCCAAGUCCAGACGAGUACCCAGACUUCUCCGGGUGUCGUAGUCUGCGUCUCUACACACGCCGGUGGCCCGGACAACGACGUUCACGCCUCAUAUCUACUAGUAAAUGAAGACACCAUAGAUUUCGAGUAUGCACAAGCUUCGAUACGUGAGCUCUGGAGUACCAUCAAGAAAGACAUCACCUUUGGUCGUUCCGAGGUUCGCGAGAAUAUGCAGCUUGCUCAAGACUUUGGCGAUGAUGAAGAGCGAAGUCGUGAGGCGGUUAUGCGCAUGUGGUGCGAGGCACUGAGUCCAAGAGCGUGA